AUGGCGGUUUCUAUAUUCUGCGGAGGUUUCGGGCCCCGGGUCCAGGCUGGAAGCCGAGAGUUAUUGUACGCCUGGCGCGCCCUGCACGCUUCUUCGGUCUGCGCCAAGAACCGGGCAGCCCGAGUCCGCGUAGGCAAAGGGGACAAGCCAGUGACCUACGAAGAGGCUCACGCCCCGCACUACAUUGCCCACCGCAAGGGCUGGCUGUCGCUGCACACAGGUAACCUGGAUGGGGAGGAUCAUGCUGCAGAGCGAACGGUAGAGGAUGUCUUCCUUCGCAAGUUCAUGUUAGGAACCUUCCCAGGCUGCCUGGCUGACCAGCUGAUCCUAAAGCGCCGGGCUAACCAGUUGGAGAUCUGUGCCCUGGUCCUGAGGCAUCGACCUGCUCACAAGUUCUAUUUCCUCGUGGGCUACACUGAAACUCUGCUGUCCCACUUUUAUAAGUGUCCUGUACGUCUGCAUCUCCAAACUGUGCCCUCAAAGGUUGUGUACAAGUAUAUCUAG